CGGAGAAAGGCCGACGAUGGACCGCGAGGGCCGGAUGCCGCCCGCCGGGAGGCAGAGCUGGAGCGCAGCCGUUACUUGGACCGCCGGGCCGUGGCCCAGGAGCAGCUGGCGCUAAUAAAGGAGCACAAGCAUCAGGCAGAUCUGGCCAAGCUAGAAGACAGAAGAGAAGGGGAACAAAUACAGAGAUUGAACCGAUUGUACCAAUUGGAAAUGCAGAGAACAAAAGAAAAGGAACAGGAGGACAAAGCUGAACGCCAGAGGCUGCAUCACGAGCACAUAACUGACCAGAAAAUAAUCAAAGCAGUAGAGGAACAAAAACAAAUGGAAGAUGAUGAUCGGAUUAAAGCUCAUUUUAAAGCAAAGGAAACGAUUGCCGAGCUGAUAAAAAAGAAAGAAGCUGAAAUGCGUAGACGAACACAGGAACAUCAGGACAAAAUUGUUAGCCAAUUAGCUCUACAAAUGAAUGAGGCAUUAAAGAGGGAAGAUGAUCGUCUUGCUAGAGACAUUGCAAAAAAAGAAGCUGAACAAGAAAAAAAAAGCAAAGAGAAAGAAGCAAAAGAAAAGGCUGCCAUUGAGUCUAUUGCUGAACACAGAGCCACUGUGAUGAAGAUGAAAGUAGAAAAGGAGAGAGAGGAAAAAGCAGAGGGUAAAAAAGAACUUCAUGCGUUAAUGGAAAAGAACCGCAUCUACCUGGAAACGGAAAAAGCCAAGAAACAAAGCCAACGUGACGCAAACAUGGAAGUACAGAAAAUUCAGAUCCAGCAAAUGGCUGAAAAGCAGGCAAAAAAACAGCAGGAAAAGCAAGCAGAUUUGGACUACAAUGUUCAGGGAGAAGCUGCUUUUCCUAAGGAUCGAGCAUUUCAGCGAUAAAGACAAAAUACAUCUGACAACUACAGAAGUAGCUACUAAGCCGUAAGAAACUAGCCACUGUCUCCUUACAAGUUAUAUGUGCCUGCAAAACCUAUCAGUGCCUAACAGCUGAAGCUAACUCUGGAGCAAGUUACAAGGCAUGCUAUUUGCCAGAACCUGCCUAUACUCAACUUCAGCGCAAGAAACAAGUACCAAGCCAUAGCUUGCAACUGUACCUGUAACUACUCUAGUUUUAUUAUGGAACAAAGCAGUAGAUUCACUUUCGAGGAAGUCAAGAGGUAACAACCAAAGGUAAACUGUUAGCUCAUCUGUACUGUACUUGAAUAUUGCUGGGCCUCCAGGCUUAAUUGAAACCUUACGUUUUGGCUUAAAAAAAAAAUCUUACUGAGGAAAUAAUAAAAUUGAGUAAGCUGUUUAAAAACAUCUGCCUGUAACGAUAAGAUCCAUGUUGAGUGUACCUUUUAUUUGUGACAGUUUUCUACUUACUCUUACUUUGGAGAAUGCAAUGGAAGAUAGGAAUACUGUCUUGAGAAAGUUGUGGCACUGGCCGAGUCUUUAAUCCUUUAUGGGAAAGAGAUGUCUGCAGCAAGACUGUGUGUAUCUAGCACUCAGGUUUCUAAACUGACUGUAGGGAAUGGGAAAAGCACUUUCCUGCUUUCUCGUAAGCACUGUGCUGCCAGCAGAGCCAGGUUGCCUGGCUGGGAUACUGCUGUAGGUGACUUUUUGAUCAAAACUUUUUCUUUCACUCAGUUCUAAACUGACUGUAAGCUGUCCUACCACUACAUUUAAAUAUCAUCAAGCAGGUAGUUCUUCUAUAACUAGUGAAAACGAUUCUGCUUCACACACACACACACACACGACUGUUGUAUUUGUGUAAGUACAAGAUCAAAGUCUGCAACUAGCAAAGUUUGCAACUGGCAAAAAAACCAGUGAUAAUCAGAUAAUUAGUGAAGAUCAGCUCCAUUACAUGGCUGUAUGUAUUUAUAUAUGUUACAAUAUAUAGGUAGUGAAUAGACUGUCAUUUGUCAUUUUGUAGUAGAAACUCUAAUUCCAUCUAUAACUCAACACUAUCGUCCAAUUUAGCAUGGAAUAAAAAUCUGACUAUUCACAUCUUCAGUAAAAAUGUACAGAUCUUGGUUUAACUGAAGAGGUAGUGUCCCGACAUCAAAUCACCAUGUCUUGUAAAUCUGUACAAACAGUACUAGCACUUCAAAAGCCUGGAGAUUUGACACUCACAAGCACAUUUACACACACAGGUUGCACUAUCUGACUUAAAGGUGAAUAUUACUCUAAAUAAAGAAGACGCUAAUACUACAAGAGGCACACAGGGCAGACAUAUGGAAUACACUAACAAAUAUGCAAAAAAGCAUUUAUUUCUGAGAAGUACUUUAAUAUACAAGUUGUACAUUUCAUAUCAAGAACUCAUUCUCCCAGCUCACAACUCGAUCAUCUUCCCUGUUGGGAACUACAAAUUACAAAAUGACCAAAAGACUGAGGUUUCCAAAUACUCUGCUAAAUACUACAUGCACAAUACUGCCUGUAUAAUUAACCACAAUUUUUUAACUGGUGAAGGAAACCAGUUAUCAGCUAGUUUCUCUUACCACUGAUCAUAAAUUAAUAGGCCUAACUUCUUUCCAAUCCUUCCAACCGUUCUUUUCGUUAGCAGUUAUGGCUAAAGCCACACACUGACUACUUUUUAGAUACAGUUAUAGGAAUAUGUACAGGAUAUGUAGAAAUGUCUAACUUCCUGCCAAAAAUAGCAGGUUUCCUUAAGUGCUUUGCAUGUUGCAAAAUUUCAAUUCAAAGUCAGGGUGCUGCAUUAGUUCAGUUUAUUUAGUCCUUUUAAUGUUAGUGUUAGAACUUAUAUGAAUACAGAUAUAAAUUUAAAACCAAUCAUAUGCAUAUUUAGCAGUUUAAGAUGUGUCCUCUGAACUUAUUCAUGUUAACUGCCCUAUUAGUUUCAUUUGAACAAUGGCUUUAUGAUUAAGGAAGGACACCAAUUUAAUUCUUUAACGAAAGGUACCUUUACCUUUAUGUAGUUUUACUAUCUAAACUCACCACUUAUUAUAUUUUAUUACUGCUCUUCCUUUUGUGAAA